UGCCUAUUUACUGCUUUUAAUUAAGGUUACGUUGUAGGUAAUGCAGUGUUUGUUUUUGAAAUAUUUUAUUUAAAAGUGCUUAUUACAACUACAAUCAAUAUUGUUACUUCAGUUGUUUACAGGUUAACGUGAUUUUGUUAGCAGUAUGAGCAGCGAACCUCAAGCAAAGCGUACUAAAAUGAGUGCUUUAGAUCAACUGAAACAAUUUUCAAUUGUAGUGGCUGAUACGGGUGAUUUUGAAGCUAUGAAAGCCUACAAGCCAACAGAUGCUACUACCAACCCAAGUUUGAUUUUAUCUGCAGCUGGUAUGGAACAGUACCAACAUUUACUUGAUAAAGCUAUUAAAUAUGGAAAGGAAUGUGGAGGAACAAUAGAAGAACAGUUGGGUGAAAUUUUAGACAUGCUGAGUGUGCUGUUUGGAUGUGAAAUACUCAAAAUUAUUCCUGGAAGGGUAUCGGUUGAAGUUGAUGCAAGGUUAUCCUUUGACAAGGAUGCUAGCAUGGCUAAAGCCCUGAAGUUUAUUACAAUGUUUGCUGAGUAUGGUAUCAAGAAGGAAAGGAUUUUAAUCAAACUAGCCUCAACAUGGGAAGGGAUUCAGGCUGCAAAGGAGCUGGAAAAAAAGCAUGGAAUUCAUUGUAAUUUGACAUUACUUUUCUCUUUGUACCAAGCAAUUGCGUGUGCUGAAGCGAACGUAACAUUGAUUUCACCAUUUGUGGGAAGAAUUUUGGAUUGGUAUGUCGAACAUACUAAGAACACUUACGAGGCGAAAGAUGACCCUGGAGUUUUAUCAGUGUCUCGCGUUUUUAACUACUACAAAAAGUUUGGCUACAAGACACAAGUGAUGGGCGCCUCUUUCCGGAACACGGGGGAGAUCCGCGAACUGGCUGGUUGCGACCUACUCACCAUCAGCCCCAAGCUUCUACAGGAAUUAGCUAAUAGCGAACAGCCAUUGAAAAGGGCCCUGGAUCCAAAAACUGCUGCACAGAGCGACAUUGAAAAGAUAUCGUUGACCGAAGCCCAAUUCCGCUGGCACCUCAAUGAAGACCAGAUGGCUACGGACAAACUAUCCGAGGGCAUUAGAAAAUUUGCGGCUGAUACCAGGAAAUUGGAGUCUCUUAUUAAAUCGAUGCUUGCAAAGAAGUAAAAAAAACAACGAACUAACUUUUUAGUUUGUAACCCAUUCCAGUGUUACGAGUAAGCAUGGUCACGCGUACUUUAUUUUUCUUAAAACUUAAACAGUUAUUACUUUUGAGUCGAAAAUAUGUUUCAAAAAUAGACACAAAAAAAAACAAAAUUAUCUAAACUACAAAAUUCUAAUUCAUAAUUAAUUUAUAUCAAAUAGUUAAUAUAUACUUUGCCUUUAUUAUGCUUAUAGGGCAGUUUCGAAUCAUCAAGUCUGUCUGUUUGUAGUGACUACCCCCAUUAAUUUAUGAAUAUAUACUUGAAGCUCAAGUCUAUUUUCUUAUUUGAUAAAGACAUGUAUAAGCGUGUGAUAAAGGGCAAAAGGAUAUAUUAUAACUCAAUUGUUAUAUCUAUUAUUAAUACAUACUUCACGUUAAAUAGUACCGAAACAAUGGUUUACAUAAUAAAACAAGUAAGAGACUGUGCAGAUUUAUGCUAUAAUCGUUGCUGUCUUCGAGCAAAGGUAAAAAAACCAUGGCCUUCACCGCGCGUGAAGUAAAAAUUAAUCCGUGGUGGCGUAAAAAUUAACAACCGCGCAAGAGACGAUUCUGUAUAAACUAGAGCCAUAUGAUUGGCAGUAAGUACAGUCCAUUCAUUAUAACUUGUGUCUUAUAUACUAUAGGGGACUAUAUAACAUAGUUAUAGAGAAUGGACUGUAGGGUAGUUGCAAAUAAUACGCGCCAUUGCAUGCCUUUAGUUCGCUUUGAAUAAGCACUUAUAAAUCGUUCUAUUUGGCACAAAAAAAAAA